AUGCAGACGGUGCCGGUGUUGGUCGCCUCCCAUAAGCUUGUACCUGGGUUGAAAAAUGAGAUCAAUAGUGAUAACUUGCUGAUUCACAAUCUGACUUCGGUAACAAAUAUGAUCAAAAAGCUCAUAAGCUCGUGUUCUUCAGACGCAUAUCUCAUUAUAAAUCAACCUGGACUCACUCUCGAAGACUUGAAUAUGAAACAUAUUGAUGAUUGGGGAUUUCUACGCAAGUACUUGACCAUGUCCUCUACAGUGGUAGGGCUACCAUACGUUAACGAACCACUUGAUCUUCCUUAUCUCGAGAAGUAUAUCAUCAAAAACUGUCAGGCAGAAACUAUAAAUGUCGAUGUUAAUGAUGAUGAAGUCGGACAGUACUACGACACCAGAACUCGAGUCAUUCGUACCAACUUGAGUCCUCUACCUACUAAGAAUGAAGGAAGAUACCAAGUUAUUCGAGAACACGAUGAGAUUCUUAGAAAGAUUUUGAGAAUAUUGCCCUCUCCACAUUUCACCAUUAUUCUCACUUCAGACGUUAAGUCGUUUUCGCAUCCCGUAGCGAGAUUCAUCAGAGCAGAGAAUCCGAACAACUUCGAAAUUUUCAAUGACAUUGUCAAUGAUCCAGCCAGAAAGAGUGAAGUUGAGAGAAACGAUCGAUUCCACAAAGUAGAUCCACAAUGGAAUUCUCCCAGACACAGCAAUGAUAGAUAUUUGGAGAACAAAAAGAAAGACGAGAUACAUCUAUUUGACUAUGACUUGUGGUUCAAGAAUGAAAAAUUGGUUCUGACCAUAGCUGUGAUGAUCCUCAGUAUCUUUAUCGUAAGAAUCGUCAGUCUCUCCAAGAAUAUCAUCAGCAAAAUUUCAGAAAAAAAACAAAAGCCGGGGUUAAUUGGGAAUUCCAAAAAACGGGAUUAG